AUGUCAAAUGUGUAUGUUCUUGUGUUGCUUUUUGGGAUCUUGGCUAUUACCAAUAGACCUUCUCUUGCUCAUGAACUAGAAGAUGACAUGAUGUGGAAUAUGAAGCAUCACCACCAACAUAAGCAUGGUUGCCCUCCUUCCCACCACCAUCACCAUGCUCCAUCUCCUCAUGCUCAUCCUCCUCAUCAUCAUGCCCCAUCUCCUCAUGCCCAUCCUCCUCACCACCAUGACCAAAACCAAUAUGCUCAUCCUCCAAGACACCACGGCCAUGCCCCUGCUCCUGCUCCUACUCCUCAACAUGCCCAUUCUCCAAGUCACCAUGGUCAUGCUCCUGCCCUUACUCCUCAACAUGCUCAUUCUCCAAAACACCAUGGUCAUGCACAUUCUCCAAAACACCAUGGUCAUUCUCAUUCUCCAAAACACUAUGGCCAUGCUCCUGCACCUACUCCCCAACAUGCUCAUUCUCCAAGUCAUCAUGGUCAUGCUCCUGCACCUACUCCACAACAUGCUCAUUCUCCAAAACACCAUGGUCAUGCACAUUCUCCAAAACACAAUGGUCAUGCUCAUUCUCCAAAACACUAUGGCCAUGCUCAUGCUCCUACUCCUCAACAUGCUCAUUCUCCAAGUCAUCAUGGUCAUGCUCCUGCUCCUACUCCCCAACAUGCUCAUUCUCCAAGUCAUCAUGAUCAUGCUCCUGCUCCUGCUCCUACCCCUGAACAUGCUCAUUCUCCAAGUCAUCAUGGUCAUGCUCCUGCACCUAUUACUCAACAUGCUCAUUCUCCAAAACACCAUGGUCAAGCGCAUUCUCCAAAACACUAUGAUCAUGCUCCUGCACCUACUCCUCAACAUGCUCAUUCUCCAAGUCAUCAUGGUCAUGCUCCUGCUCCUACUCCUCAACAUGCUCAUUCUCCAAGUCAUCAUGGUCAUGCUCCUGCUCCUACCCCUCAACAUGCUCAUUCUCCAAGUCAUCAUGGUCAUGCUCCUGCACCUAUUCCUCAACAUGCUCAUUCUCCAAAACACCAUGGUCAAGCGCAUUCUCCAAAACACUAUGAUCAUGCUCCUGCACCUACUCCUCAACAUGCUCAUUCUCCAAGUCAUCAUGGUCAUGCUCCUGCCCCUACUCCUCAACAUGCUCAUUCUCCGAGACAGCAUAGUCAUGCUCCUGCACCUACUCCUCAACAUGCUCAUUCUCCAAGACAGCAUAAUCAUGCUCCGUCACCUACUCCUCAACAUGCUCAUUCUCCGAAACACCACGGCCAUGCUCAUUCUCCAAAACACCACGGUCAUGCUCAUUCUCCGAAACACCACGGUUAUGCUCCCACACCUACUCCUCAACAUGCUCAUUCCAAAUCACCAUGGUCAUAA